GAAGCCAUUGACGGAUGCGCUCUUGCCCAGCGAAGGAUUCUGGGCGCAGUCUUCAGUUUAGUACUGUUAUAACUUCAGCUCGAGGCUGACGUUGAACUUCUAUACGAAAUGUUCGUACGAGGAAAAUUUUCGGAGACAACGAAACUUUGAAUUAAAAAGUGAAAAAAGCUAUUGUGUCAAAUAAAUAAAAAAAAAAAAAGGAAAAAAUAUUAAGGAAGUAAGAACACAAGAACAAAAAAAAAAAAAACAACAGUGAUAAUGUGCGAUAAUGACCGUGAAAUAAAAUUGAAAUUAUAUCCACUAUAUAUAAUAAUCUCCUCAUCGCGUUAUUAUACAAUUAAAAAUUUAUUAUGAAGCUUAGCUAAUGUAAUUUUUCAAUAAACACGUGAAAAAAAAAAAAAUGUUGUGCCUCAAGAAACGGAGAACUUACAGUUUCACGCAAGGAGCGUGUAAUGAACUUCCGAGGAGAUCGAAAAAGGAUAAUCUGGAUAACGAAUCCUUGAACAUUGCCGUUACAACAUUGCCUCGAAAGCACAGGGGUCGAGAGGAGAGACCUGCCAUGGUUCUAACCGUGACAGAGGACACUCCGGCAGAUAUGUUGGCUGGAAGCAUGGAGCUUCUGGUCCAACUGCCAAGAGAUCACAAUGUUCAAACGCAAAGAGUCACAGUUCAAAGAAGUACACCAAUGAUGGACCUUCUUGUACAAGUGGCAACGGCUCACAAAUUGGUUGCUUCCAGUUACACCCUUCAAGCUAUUGGCGAACGGGGUAUGGUUCUACCUCAUCAACCUAACACACCAAUUGGAGCACUUGAUGCACUUCAGGUUAAAUUACUUCCCAAGCAAGGAACAUUCUUAUCCCGUAAAACGAGGCAAGCCAACCAACCAUUUGAAACAACUUUUCGAUUACAGGUUCAUCUACCAAGAAAUCAAUUGUACGUUUCAAGAGUGAGUCCAAAAAUGAACUUAGGAGAUAUUCUCGAGGAAGUGUGCCGCGAGAAAAAUCUAGACAUUAAGAAGUACGAGCUUCGUCAUCCUGCAAAUCUGGAAGAAAUUUUAGAUCUGUCACUCUCUCUACAAGACUAUCAUCUACAAGAAGUGACACUAUACGCGAAACAAGGAAGAGUUAUAAGUGCAGCUCUCAGUUCACAAGACAUAAUGGCACUUCAAAAACAAGAGGAGAGAAGAAGACAGCAGGCAAAGCAAAGUGUUUUUGGUUUUAUGUUUAAAAAAUCAAAGGAAAAUUCCUUAAGUACAGAUAGUCUUGGUGAACGUAGUGUUUCACCGGCAAGAAGUGACGAGACUGGAAGAAGUUCAAGUCCAAUGGCACCACCGCCACGACCACUUCGUAAAAGGAGACCAGCUCCCAAACCACCAGUUUCAACUUCUGUCAUUGAAGAGAAUAGUGAAAAAGAAAAAAUAGUUAUUAGUCACAGUCGAAACAGUAGUGACAGUUCUGGUUAUCAUGAGGCAUCAGUAUUGAGUGAUCAUCCAGAAUCAGCUGGUAGAAUGCCCGAAACUCUUCCAAGAAGAGGGAAAACAUUAGAUACACCUAGAAAUCUUGCUCAAACCUCGCACGCUAGUAAAAGUUUAGGAAAUUUGGCUCUUGCUUCCGGAGGACUCAGUCAUGGAAUUAGCACCACUUCUUUAAGUUCUACUGGUCAAAGAAAAAAGAGAGCAGCGCCUCCGCCGCCAAUAGCAAAAUUACCAUCAGCAAUAUCAAGCCAAGCCCUCGAAUGUAUUGUCGAUUCAGAAGAAUCCCUAACAUCGGACAUGGAACUAUCAAAACCAUCAUCUGACAUUGCAACAUCAUCGAAAGCAAAUUCAGACAUUGCAGUCCACUGUAAAGCCAAUUCGGACAUCGGUGUUUUCACAUUGUCAAAACUUAUUUCAAAUUCAAAAUCACUAACCAAUGAUAAGAACAACUGGCCAACACGAGAAGCAUCAGAGAAGAUUGCCGAAUCGAAGGAAAAACCAGAAACUUCAUCUAAAGAGGAUGCGAACCACUCAAAACCAGUUUUAAACACCGAACCUGUAGUAACGAGUGCAAACAAACCUGUAGUUGCCAACGUUAAAGUAGUAAAAAGAGUCGCAGAAUACUGUCCAACACCCAAGCCACGUAAGCUUAUUAAAUCGAACACCAUAGAGCCAGUCUUAUCCGGAAUUCCAAAACGCAAAGCUCCUACUUCUCCAUUAUCAGAAGAACAUCAACGCUUCUUAUCUCAAACAAACUCACCUGAACUAGUUGCAUUUGAACAAUCAGUCGCUAACAGUAUAAAAAGCUUGGAUGAUGUUUUAAAUAAUUCUCUCCUUACUGAAACGGAACUAUUACUCGAAAAUGAGAAAAACGAUCAAGAUCAUACAGAAAAUAAUAAUUCACUAAAAAAACAAAAUUCCCUAAUUAAUAGUGAAUCCAGUGAUGAAAUUAAAGAACAAAAAUCAGAUAAAAUAAAUAUUCUCGAAUUAGAGAAAAAUCAAACAAGUGAAUUAUUAAACCAAAAUGAUGACAAUAUUUAUGAAUCAAAAGAUAAAAAUAUAAUCACAAUUAAAUCAACAACAAUCGUUAAUUGUGAAACACAUGUCAAUGAUAGUGAUUUAAAAAGGCGUUCAUGUAAAAUAAUCUCAACAAUUCCAAAAUGUGAUCAUUUUGAUUGUAUCGAUUUAAACGACCAAGAUUUAGAGAUUUCUAAUCAUUAUUCAAAUAAUGAUACUGUAAACAAAUCACAAACUGAUAAAACUGGAUUAAUUGAGAAAACAGAGAGAGAAAAGUAUGCCGUUGAUUUGGAUGAUGAUGAUGAUAAUAGAAAAACAUGGAAAUCAUUUGAUAACGAGCAACAGAUUCAUAAACGUACAAAAAUAUUUAGAAGUCAGUCAGAAUUGAGUAAUUUUGAGAUAAAUACACCCGAGAGAAUUGGAAGGCAUUUAACAUCACACGCUGAAGAUUUUAAGUGUGCACUCAACACAAAUUUCUCAAAUAAUAUUACCGAUUUAUCAUCACCAACAUCGAACAAUUUCAAUAAGACUGAAGGUGAAAAUAAUUCCACUCACAAGACAGAAGAAUUGCGAUUUCAAUUUUCUGAUAAAGAUUUGGAUUGUCAACGAAUUUUGGAGAAGUUAAAAGAGGAUGUGAAGCAAGUGCAACUUUCACAGAAUACAGAUUCGCAACCUAGACUUUCGGAUACGGACAUCUUAUUACAAAAAGUAUCGGAUACACUUUCAAGUGCCCUUCCACCAACUCCGCCACCUACGCCCUUAGAAAGUUUGGAAGUGUCACGAAUUGACUUAGAAAUCUCAGGAAAAGAAUCAAAGAAACCAGAGAAAAUUGUCGAAUCAAAAAAAGGAGAAAAAAUAAAAUCCCUCACAGAAGAAAAGCAUUCAAUUAAAGAAGAUAUUUCAGAAAAAUCAAUUAUUGACUCCAAUUCACCUGAUGUUACUGUAAAUUCACAACAAGACACUUCAGAUUACGUAUCAGCAUCCGGAGAAGAUUUAUCAUUACCCGAUUGGGAAUAUCAACUUCCAGCUCCACCAAGUGCUUUUCGAGACGUUGAGACAUCAUCAAUUGCUGCUACCGCUGAAAACGAGUGUCUUCCAAAACAAGAAAUUUCAUCUGUAAAUGAAACAAUUUCCACAGAUCAAAUAGAUUCUUCAAUCAAGCCAAAAUCAAUCGAGAAAAUUAAAACCGACUUCGAUUCAAAAAUGGAAAAUAAACCCACACGGCAAAUUUCCCAACCUGAAAUGAAUUUAGAAUUAAAGAGGGAAAUGAUUUCUGAAUUAGAAAGUAAAAUAGAAAUCAGAUCACAGCAACCACCAACGAAAAUUGUCAACGAAAAUGUUUCAACUCCAAAUAUUGCUCCAGUUGAUAAUACAUUAUCAAACUUUACUUUCACAACAUACUCGAGGCAAAAGAGUUUAAAUAUUUUUGACGAAAUUGAAGAACAAAGUGUUCCACUUGUAAAGACAUCAAAUGAGAGGCCUAGAACAACGACAACGACAACACUAACACGAAAUCAAAGUUUGUCAAAUGAAUUAAAAGACAGAAUACCUCAUAAAUCUGUUGAUGUUACAACAAAGGUAUUUAUUAACAGGACAAAAAGUAUUGAGAGAGUCGAUUCGGAAUUAAGGCGACCUGAAUAUAAAACAAAUGUACAGGGCAAUUUAAAUCGAAGGCAAUCAUUAAAGAGUGAAAUCGAUAAACCCGUGACUGUCUACCGAUCAAAGAGUUAUAUCACAUUGACGAGUAAUGAAAAAUACAAGGGUCAUGGUAACGAGGAGGACAACGAAAAUGUUACAUUCGAACAAGAAAUCGAGCAAAAUUGCAUUCAAAAAGCAACAAGUGUCACGAAUUUAAAUCAAGAAGUGACGCGAACCAAUGAAAAAUUUUCACAAUGGAGGGACAAUAUUUUGAAAAGGCAAGAGGAGCCAACCAAAGAAAAACAGCUACAGUCCCUACAGGUGCUUAAGAGCAUUUUGCCGCAGUUGAAACACGCUCAACAGGCGGAAGAAAAUGUUCGCAAAAAUUCCAUAGAUAAACAACCUGCACAGCCAAAAAGAUCAGAAACUGUGCCCGAAGAACAACCUAAAAUUACCCCAACAAUCAACGACGUUCAAUUAAGAUCAGAAUCAAAAAAUCGAAAAGUCAAUCCCGAAAAACGUUACACCUACUCUGGACCACCUGCAGUCAGUUUGGGAAGCUGGUCCGAAAGGCCCUGUGUCAAUGUUCAAAUCAAAAUGGACACUGACUAUAAAUUGGGUGUCAACAAUACUUCCGGUUCGAAAACAAUUGUAAAUCUCAAUGGCACGCGAAACGACAGAGAUUUAAUAAAUAAUCAAGAAACAAGAACACUACCAAAGAAUAUAAAUGGUUUCAAAGAAAAAGAAAAAUCCGAUAAUGACUUCAAUAAAAAAACAAUUUCCGGAUUUAAAAAACCAAUUCUCAAUAAAAUCAAUUUCGCCGAUUCCGAACCAAAACCCACAGUAACAAGUGUUGAAUUAAAAAAAUCUGACAAAGAAACAACAAUAAAUCAUGAAAUUGAAUCAAAAUCAAUUAAAUUCGAAGAAUUGACAAAAACAUUUGGUCAAGAGGUGCGUCUCCGAACAAAGCCAAAAUCAUCAAUAAAUCAAAAUCGUCAUUCGGAAUAUUUUGGCAGAAAUACUGAGAUUGUGAAUAAUCUCGUUAAUGGUAAUGGUAAUAAUAAAUCAAAUGGUUAUCAAGAGACAAACAAUAUUGUUACAUUCAAUGGUACGCAAAAUAUUCCAAUUAAAAAAUAUACAUCAGUUGUGGGAAUAAAUUCGCAGGGCAAUAACAAUAAUUUUCGAUUUCAAAAUGGGCAAUUAUCGAAAAAUAAUGUUACAUCAAUGAGAAUCAAUGGUCCAAUGCCCAUUGUGAAAGGAUUUAAUGUUCAACCAUCGAAAAUACAAUCACAAGUUAGCACUGUAACGGUGAAGCAGAACGAGCCAAUUGUUGAUUCAUCAAAAACAGACUCACGAAUACCAAAACCACCGACAAUGCCAAUUAUUACUGGAGUGACUUUAAAAAGUGCCAAUGCAAGACCAAAAUCGAUGCCGAUCAAUAUUGAUCCACGUGAUCAAUUAUUAGAGUCAAUCAGGAAUUUUGGUGGUCGUGAUAAAUUAAAAAGUGCAACCGGAAGGUAUUAAGUUUUUGCUGAAACUUGUAAAAAAAAAUAUUCCAAAAUUAAGAACUCAGUCAUAAUGUUACGUAAUUAAGAGUAACUGUAAAAAUUUAAUUAAGUUCAUAUAAUUAAAUUCACAAACAAUGCCUUAUCGUUAAUUCAAAUUCUGUGUUUUGUAAAGUUAUUAAGUUAUAACUUGUAGUCUUUUGGUGUAGGACAAAAAAAAUUGUUAAACGUUUCGUAUUCAUUUCAUAUUUUUUUCUGUUAAAUUUUUUUUUUCUUUUAAAAAUACAAAAUCUACGCUCCAAGAGCUUGUAAAUAGAAAAAAAAGUGAAAAACUAACGGGUGCUCCAGUUGUCUGAUAAUAGUUUUUAAGUUUUGCAGAAUUAGAAAAAAAAAUUGUAUUUUGUUUACUGUUUCAUACGAUUUUUUUUUUUGCAUUAAUAAUCGAAAUGAAGAAAAAAUUUUCACGUUAAGUGUUUGUUCGAAUGGAUUAAUGUCAUUGUAUGUUUAAGAAAAAAGAAACAUUUUUCUUGUAUGACGAAUGAAUAAUUGUUUGCCCUAUUGUUGUUUUGGGCAUUGACUACUUUGCGUUAUGAAAAAAAAAAAAUUAUUUAUGUAUAAAUUUAUUUAAAUCCUCAAAAAAUUUAGCAAUCUAGGGAAAUUGCUAACAAAUAGUUUAUUGAUUAAGAUAAUUAGAAUUUUUCUUAAAGGUACUUUUCACGAUUUUUAAAUCAUCAACAAAACACGAGCAUAAAAUUAUAGUUUAUCGUUUUUUUUUUCGCAAAUUAAAAAUAUAUUUUUCUAAAAUAUUUAUAAUGUUCGUUAAAUAAUUUAAAUCAAAUUUAAUUUGAUUGAACUUUGUUGAUAUAAAAACACAAUAUCGUGAAGUAAAAUAAUUAAAAAUCCUUGAGAAAAAUUCUGAUUCUAUAAAAAAAAAAAAAAAAAUGUACAUAAAAACUUUUUGAGGAAUAACAUAUAAUUUGUAAUGUUCGAGAAUACUGUAUUAUAAAUAUUGUUUUGAAAAUAGUCAAUAAUAUUGCUCAUUGUUUUUUUUUUUUAUUUUUUUUUAUUUAGUUUAAAUGAAAUAUUACCGUUCAAUCUUAGCUUUGGUCAUGUUUCAACGACGAGUAAGAAAGAAAAAAAAAGAACUAAAUACCAAAGUCUAUCAAGGACGAAUGUAAUAUUGUGCAAAUAAUGCUAACUAACACAUUCUAAUCAUUGAAAGUAAACUCUUUUAAGUUUCUAUCAACGGGACCAAAGGUAACAAUUCUUCUUAUUUUUAUGUAUUAUACGAAACAAAUUCAUUUAUCCUAAAAAAAAAAUUAAAACAUAUCUGCGAAUUACGAAAAAAAAUCCAAGACCUAGAGUAAUAUUUUUAAUAUGGGUGAAAGUAUUUUGUAAUGCAGUAUAAAAAAUCUGAUAUAACAUUUCUCUGUACAAAAAAAAAUCUAGUUGUAAAUAUUACAAUUCUUCGUUUAAUUAUUAUUGUUUUGUUUAAUCGUUUAAUCAAUUGAAAUACAUCAUUGAAAUACUUUA